CUGAGUGGGUGGCAGCAGAGGAUAAAUGGCAGUGAGGAGAGAGCCACAGCAGAGCCAGCGGGCAGGGCAGCACAGGGCACAAGGAAGAGCCACCCCACAGCCACCAUGCUCCCUGCUAGGACUGUCCUGCUGCUCACCCUGCUGCUCACCUUCUCCCUGCACCACGCCACAGCCCACUUUGCACCUGUGGAAUGCUGCUUUGACUAUGCACAGAAACGCAUCCGACACCCUCAGGGCUUCUACGAGACAUCCAAGGACUGCCCCAAGCCUGCAGUUGUGAUUGUGGCGGCCAAUGGUGAUGAGAUCUGUGCCGACCCUAAGAAGGACUGGGUGAAUAAAAUCGUAAAACGGCUUCAAAGCAAAAAAUCAGACCCAUCCACCAUCUGAGCUGCCCAUUCAGCCGUCCUGUCUCUCGAGGGAGCCAACAGUGCUGGCAGCUCCUCUCCGGCGGCUGCUGCGGCCGAGGGAAGCGUCCCUGCAGGAGGGGCCCUCAGGAUCAGGCGUCACCGCGCCAGGGCCCUGCCGGCCCCCGAGCUCCUCCUGCUGUCACUGCCCCGCCACGGGGUGCCUGUGGGACAAUAUUUAUAAUAAAGACUCAUUGCUACCAA